AGAAUCUUGAAAGAUAUUUGAUUUAAAAACCCCGCCGAAGAUUUUAUUGAAGAAUACUUCUCUAUAAUAUACUUAUUUGAGGUUCCCAUCAGGUCUGUGAACCGAAGUAUGCAGUGCAUACAAAUGACACAGAACAUAACCAAUUAAUAAUAACUGAUUUGACAUAUUCUAGUGGCAUAUGGUUGUGAAAUCAAAAUGGUCUUUUUGGAAAAUGAUAUGUUCUUAGUGGAGCUCACAAGGCUAUUUGAGAAAUCAAGACUAUCUGGUUCUGUAACUUUAACUAUUAAAAGGUUUAAUGGACAUAAUAAACCAGUACCUAGAAAAGGAAGACCACCUUUAUCAACGCCAAGUGAAUUUCUUUGCCUGGUGCGAGCCACUUUUCGCAGCAAAAAAAUCUCAACUGUUAUACAUUCCAAAGACGUUAAUAAAUUCCAGCAAGCAUAUUGGAAUCUCCUAAAAACAAAUAUAAAUGGCCUUAAAAAAUUAAAAAAAGUAAAAUCUGCCAAACCUAAAGUUCAUUAAGAUAAUAAAUUGAAAAAGACUUAAUACAUUCAUUAACUCUGUUAUAACAAUUUUCCUAAUAAUAGAAAUACAACCUUUUUUAAUGUAUAACUAAUAAUAAGGAAAAAAAAAAAUAAAAUACGUUUUAUGUUGUA